CGGCGGCCGAGAUGCCGCUCUUCGCCAGCAACCCCUUCGACCAGGAUGUCGAGAAAGCUACCAGUGAGAUGAAUACUGCUGAGGACUGGGGCCUUAUUUUGGAUAUUUGUGAUAAAGUCGGUCAGUCUCGUACUGGACCUAAAGAUUGUCUUCGAUCUGUCAUGAGGAGGGUCAACCACAAAGAUCCUCAUGUUGCCAUGCAAGCCUUGACUCUUCUAGGAGCAUGCGUUUCAAACUGUGGCAAAAUUUUUCACUUAGAAGUAUGUUCAAGAGAUUUUGCUAGUGAAGUAAGCAAUGUAUUAAAUAAGGGUCACCCUAAAGUGUGUGAAAAAUUAAAGGCUCUUAUGGUUGAAUGGACAGAUGAAUUUAAGAAUGAUCCACAACUUAGUCUAAUAUCAGCAAUGAUAAAGAACCUUAAAGAGCAAGGAGUUACAUUUCCAGCCAUUGGCUCCCAGGCUGCAGAACAGGCCAAAGCAAGUCCAGCUCUGGUCGCCAAGGAUCCUGGUACUGCAGCCAACAAAAAGGAAGAAGAAGAUCUAGCAAAAGCCAUUGAGUUGUCUCUGAAAGAACAAAGGCAGCAAACAACCUCACUUUCCACUUUGUAUCCCAGCACCUCCAAUCUCCUAACUAACCACCAACACGAAGGCCGGAAAGUUCGUGCUAUAUAUGACUUUGAAGCUGCUGAAGAUAAUGAACUUACUUUUAAAGCUGGAGAAAUUAUUACUGUUCUGGAUGACAGUGACCCCAACUGGUGGAAGGGCGAAACCCAUCAAAGCAUGGGGUUAUUUCCUUCUAAUUUUGUGACUGCAGAUCUCACUGCGGAACCAGAAAUGAUUAAAACAGAGAAGAAGACAGUGCAAUUCAGUGAUGAUGUUCAGGUAGAGACAAUAGAGCCAGAGCCAGAACAAGCUUUCAUAGAUGAAGCAAAGAUGGACCAGUUGCUACAGAUGCUGCAGAGUACAGACCCCAGUGAUGAUCAGCCUGAUCUUCCAGAGCUCCUUCACCUUGAAGCAAUGUGUCACCAGAUGGGACCGCUCAUUGAUGAAAAGCUGGAAGAUAUUGAUAGGAAACAUUCAGAACUUUCAGAGCUUAAUGUCAAAGUGAUGGAUGCACUUUCCUUAUACACCAAGUUAAUGAACGAAGAUCCCAUGUAUUCUAUGUAUGCAAAAUUGCAGAAUCAGCAGUAUUACAUGCAGGCCUCGGGUGUGGCUAGUUCUCAGGUCUAUGCGGGGCCUCCUCCAAGUGGUGCAUAUCUGGUUGCAGGGAAUGCACAGAUGAGCCAGCUCCAGAGCUACAGCCUUCCCCCAGAGCAACUGCCUUCUCUCAGCCAGGGAGUUGUUCCACCGCCUACCACCCCAGCGCUCUCCAGUCAGCAGGCGCAGGCCUCUUACCCUAAUGCAAUGGUUGGCUCUGUUCAAGGAAGUGCAUAUCCCACCCAAGCCUCAGUGUACAGUCCUCCUCCUGUCGCUGCUGCUGCUACUGCUGAUGUUGCUCUCUACCAGAAUGCAGGGACUAAUCUGUCCCAGGUGCCAAACUAUAACUUGACAUCAGCAUUGCCUCAGCCAGGAAGCAGCCAGCAGCCGCCUCCACCUCAGCAGCCGUAUUCACAGAAGGCUCUACUAUAGGACUCGGAUUCUCUUUGUGGCACAUGUCUGCGGAAUGCCUUUGGCAUUGUCCCAAGGUUCUUAUGUCUUAAGAUUUGUUUGUCCUCAGCUUAUAGGAAUCUGUCUGGGUCAGCAGUUCAGAUAUUCAAGAAGGUAGAGCGCUUGGAUAUGCACUGACUUCAGAGCUUCUCCCUGCCCCUUUCCCCAGAAGAAUGAAACUACUUACAACAUUUACUUCCUUUCAUAAUAUGAAAGAAUGGAGACAAGAUUAUUUGUCUUGUAAACAACACUCAGUCUGUAAAACGGCAAACUUACAAAACCUUUUGUGGCAAAUAUUGUGUGUAUAUAUAUGUGUAUAUAUUAUAUAUAUUGAUGUGUAACUUCAUUAGUGGUCAUUUUGAAUCACAGUGGUGAUCAUGUGAAUAUAUUUAACACUGUUAAAUUAAUUUACAUUGCUAUUUUAUUUUAAUCAUAAACAACUACCAUGUUUCAUAAGUUUGUGUAGGUUUAAGAUAAU